UAUCGCUCAUUCGCUUCGCUUUUAUCUUUCACUCGUGCUCUUCGUCUGUGCACGACCGUGCGUGAAUAGAAAAAAAGUUUUGCUUUUCACAAAUUUUAUGCAAACAGUUCGCUAACAUUUUUGUUAUUUUGUCAAGUGCUGAAAGCUUCUACCAUCAUGCUUACCAAGGAAUACCGGAUCUGCAUGCCGCUGACUGUGGAAGAGUACAAAAUUGGACAACUUUACAUGAUAGCUCGCCACAGCUUGGAACAAUCCGAUGCAGGAAACGGCGUGGAAGUGAUCGAGAACAAGGAAUGCUACGACGAAGAGCAUGGAAAGGGGCAAUACACGGAGAAAAGAAUUCACUUGUCCAGCCGGCUACCGUACUGGAUACAAGCAUUCUGCCCAAAAGUUUUUUAUAUCGUUGAAAAGGGAUGGAAUUACUAUCCAUUCACAAUCACAGAAUAUACGUGUUCAUUCAUACCAAAGCUUAACAUAACUAUUCUAACAAAAUUCGAGGAUAAUGCUGGAACUUCCGACAAUUGUCUCUGCGUGCCAGAUGAAAAAAUAGAAGAAAGAGCUGUUGAUUUCGUGGAUAUUGCUUUUGACGAAUUAAAUGCGAAACAUUAUAAGAAGGAGGAGGAUCCAAAGUUCUUCAAAUCUAAGAUCACUGGUCGCGGACCGCUAGUGGAAGGAUGGCGCCAAACUGACAAACCUGUGAUGUGUUCCUACAAGCUCGUUCAAGUUUCUUUCGAAGUCUGGGGACUCCAAACUAAGGUUGAAGAUUUUGUCCAACGCUGCAUUAGAGACGUUCUUCUAUUGGGGCAUCGACAAGCAUUUACUUGGAUAGAUGAGUGGCAUUGGAUGUCUAUAGACGACGUGAGAAAGUACGAGCACAAAAAACAAGAAGAAGCAAACCAAAAAGUUUUGGCUGAGCAGGCUCAGACCGCACCUGAUCCCGAUAGUGUAGAUUAAGAUAACUGUAAUAACGUAGUAUAACAAAUGAUUUUACAUAUAUAAGACGCAACAUAUGAUGUUCUUAAACAUGUCAAAUACAUUGUUAUAAAUAAAA